AUGUCACGCAACUACGGCCCGCCUGGGUCACAGUGUUUCUUAUGUGAGAGGAGCACCGCACCGCGCAUGGGUGGACGCCAACCCAGACAACAACUAUGCAGCUAUGAGCUAUCUGAAACAUAUAUGGCUGAAAAUCCACAUGUACUAGCUUACGCGCGUCAUCUUCAAAGAGGAGAUCAGAUUGACCCAAUUUCUCGGAUUUGUCGCCCAUGCGUUCAACGGGCUAGUCGUUUUUAUACCCGUGAACAGGAUCGUUUGGCUGUUGAACAGGAAGCUGUAGAAUUACUUUUUCAACCACCUCCAGAAGAAUCGGCUGAUGGACCUGCGAGUGAUCCACUAAGAGACGAAAUAGAAGCUAUCCCACAAGAAGUUCCGUUAGAAGCUCCCGAUGACGUUCAGAUGGGAGCCCCAGAAGCAGAUCAACGUGAUGAUGUGGACAAUCUUCAAAGUGCCUCCCCUGAUCUGCAAGUUCCAGUUCCUGGAUAUUCACGAGUGUCCUCUUCUACCACUUAUUGUCUUGUAGCGGGAUGCAAUUUAAGAGACAACUUACACAGAAUAAAACAAACAGUGAGGGCGCAUAUUUUGCGUAAAGAUAGCAUUUACAUUCCAGAACAAGCGAGAGUUUGUGAUGAGCAUUUAAAUGCAGGCUUAAUUUGGCAAGAUUUCCCCGAUCAUACACGGCCCCGACAUGACUUGUUUACACCAGUUCAAUUGGCAAACAUGAUGUUAUUAUUAAAAAAGCCUGUUGAACAUUAA